AAUUCCAACACUCAUUCCAUCAACAUAUACAUAAUACACCUUUUAGGCACACUACAAAAAAAAGUAAUUCAUUAAAAAAAUACAUUCGCAAUGCCGUGCUUUAUGCGGGAGAAAAGCCUUUAUUUCCGUUCUAGACGUGAUAAGGCAAAAGACAGGGAUGUGAUGCCACCGAAGCCCGUUCGUCCACGGGCAAUGAAAUACCAUGGACUCUUUGGCAUGGGCAUUGCGAGUCAGCAUCUGAUUGUUGAUGACAAGUGGACGCCAGAUUCGUUGAUUGAGCAAUACUCGGGUUUCACAGAUCUAUUGAGUCGUCGCGUGAUCUACAAGCGACAUGAAUCGAGGGCAAAUAGAAAGUUACUCUUAAAACUAAGUAGGCGCUUGAAGACGCAAUGCAGUGAUGGCCGCACCAAGCUGCAAAAGAUCUCGCAUGGAAAUAAUGCGCAUAAGAUACGCAACCUUUUGAUUAAGCAUCGUGAUAUGCAACGUCUUUAUCAAAGGAUGCCAAUACAUAUGGUUCUUGAUAACAUCAAUCAGCGCACAUUUAUCUUGCGCAAGGAGCGAGAUCGUCUGGAGUUUCGUUUGGAACAGCGCAAGAAUGAAUAUAGGGAGUUAUUGCUUGAUCGAUCCGAUGUUCAAAAUCGCAUAAAAUACGCAAAUGAAUUUGUAAGGGGCGAAGAAUUAAUAUCACGUGUGCUCAUCAAGAAGAUAGAAAACUCAAAUGUGCGACUGAAGGCGAUCACAACCAUUAACACGACAUAUAAGAAAAUGAUACAAGUUCUGUUACAGGAUGAAAUAUUCUAUGAGCCAAUUCUUCGCUCUCUAGAUGAAGACAUGGAGGAUCAGGCCAACUUCAUUAAGAAUAUACUCUUCCUAGGUAUGCCAGCAAUUACCAAGUUCAAGGAACUGAACUUUGAGUAUCGACAGUUAGAAAAUAAGUCUCGUAAAAAUUUGCAAUCCAAAAUGGAGAUACUUAGCACCCUUUUGAAGCCCCAAAAGAAAUCAGUUACAGUCCAGAAGGCUAAAGAGCAGCUACCGCCAAGUGCAGAUCCAAAACAUUAUGUUCGUGCAACAUCAAGCAUGAUGGCUCUUAAAGUGGAGCUACGGACCAUUGAGAAAACAAUCAAGAAUCUGAAACUGGUAGCAUUGUGUUCUCAAGCUAGAGAAAUUUUUCCAAAUGUAAAAGGAAAAUAUGAAGGCAAUACGAAUCUAAAGCGUUUAGUACAAUUUAAUAUUUUAGAUCGUAGUAAUCUAGAUACCAAAAUGAAAUGCACGACUGCCCUACAAAGUGUGCUUAUGAAUAAUCUCUCUGAGGAAGAAAUUAAUCGAUUAGAGCGUAUGUCCGAUCUGAAAAAAAUGUUAGCAGCAGACGAGAAGUUCGAGAAGGAUACUUUGGAGUAUAUAAAAAGUCGUGCAAAUGCUUACGUUAGAUUCCGAAUUUGCCUGUGGAAUCUUAUUGAAAUACUCCGCCAUGUCGAUCGCCCGCCUAGAACAUUUCAUGUUAACUAUAAGAGCUCGUAUCUGAAGUUACCAUUGCUUAAAUUUGAGAUGCUGAAUAUGUACGCUGCACCUCCAGAGUUGUACGAGGAAAACCUCGAGAAGGUUAUGACAGUGCUGAAACGUAAAGUACAUAAGCUAAUGAAAGCUUAUAAGCCGAUUAUGAAUGAGCCGAUUCAGCCAAGGAAGGAAGAAUAUCAUAAAAUAUUUUUGCAAGGAUUCUCUGGUACAUGCCCCGACGAUGAAGAUCGCACUUCAAUGAUGGCUGUCGAGGACGAAUUAAUGUCUUCAAAGAUGACAAAUGUACCUAAUCGCAAGCAGAUAAAGGCUCAAAGUGCCCGACUUAUUGAAGCAGUUGCAAAACGAGAUGAUUAAUAAUGGUUUGUGUCAAUAUAUUUAUUUUUCGACACAUAUGUAACAUAUUUACAUUUAAUAUACAAUAAAUACUGAUUUAUGCAAGAACAUUUAUGCGAAA